AUGGCCACUACGGACGACGCGCGAAUCGCAGCUCUUCAGAAGUUCACCGCCUGUGACAUAUCAGAUGCACUCGCGAAACUCAAGGUCCCCGGAGCUGGUUUCCUGCCCGACCUACAACUGCUGGGCCAAUCGAACACGGCAGAUGCUCCCGUAACCAUAGCACCAGCGUCGACGAUCCUGUUUGCCCGAAAGGGGGAGACGCUGGAUUCGCCGCCAGCCAACAUUCCCAAAGACACCCAUUGGGCUGAUGUCACCCAGCCCGGCACCGUCGUGAUCAUCAGGCAGCCCGACGGGCAGAAGAACGCCGUCUGCGGAGGCAUCAUGGCUGUCAGGAUGAAGGUUCGCCAAGCGAAGGCGGUGGUGGUCGUGGGUCGUGCCAGGGACCUGGACGAACUUGCCAGUACGGGCCUACCCAUAUGGGCGAGAGGGCUCUCCACCGUUGGCGCGGGGGCAGAGAGUACGCCUUGGGCAGUGCAAGUGCCUAUCAACGUUGAUGGCACGGUUAUCAACCCCGGCGACCUCGUCUUCGCCGACCCCGUCAACGGGGUCGUCUCCAUCCCCAAGGAUAGAGUCGAUCAGGUCUUGGAGCUUCUCCCCAAACUGACGGCCGCUGACGACAAGGUUAAGGAAGACGUGCUGAGGGGAGUGAGUGUCUAUGACGCCUUCAGUGCCCAUCGCAGCAAUCUUUGA